UGUAGCCGGUAAAGCUACGCCCACACCAUUCUGCCACAACACCGGCUGUCUCUACAGACAGUUGUCAUUAAGCAUCAGUCUAACGGUAACCCACUGACAAAUUACAGAUAUAUUUCGACCUUUAAAGAUUCGUUAGAAGUGAAAAACUAGCCGCUGUUCUCUUAUCUAGUGUUACCCAACAUCACAGAUAUGGUUUUGAAGUCGGAAGACGGAGUUGUGCCUGAUGACCUCAGUCCAGAAGAGAGACAGGAGCUGGAGAGCAUCCGCCGCAGAAAACAAGAGCUACUGCAGGACAUACAAAGAUUGAAGGAUGAGAUAGCAGAAGUGACCAUUGAGAUAGACAGCCUGGGCCUGACUGAAGAGCGGACAAGCAUGCAAAGGAAUAAACAGAUGGCCAUGGGCCGAAAGAAGUUCAACAUGGACCCCAAAAAGGGGAUCAGUUUGUUGAUUGACAGCUCCCUGCUGAAAAAUACCAGUGAUAGCAUCGCCCAGUUUCUCUACAAGGGAGAGGGGCUUAAUAAGACGGCCAUUGGCGACUACCUGGGGGAGAGAGACGACUUCAACAUUAAAGUUCUGCAUGCCUUCCUGGAGUUACAUGAGUUCAUGGACCUGAACCUUGUUCAGGCUCUCAGGCAGUUCCUGUGGAGCUUCAGGCUGCCUGGCGAGGCUCAGAAGAUUGACCGCAUGAUGGAGGCAUUCGCCCAGAGAUACUGCCACUGUAACCCCGGCGUGUUUCAGAGCACAGAUACCUGUUACGUGUUGUCAUUUGCCGUGAUCAUGUUGAACACCAGUCUACACAAUCCUAACGUGAAGGACAAGCCCUCAGUUCAGAGGUUCACAGCCAUGAACAGAGGCAUCAAUGAUGGUGGAGACCUGCCGGAGGAGCUGCUCAGGAACCUGUACGACAGCAUCAAGAACGAGCCCUUUAAGAUCCCAGAGGAUGAUGGGAACGACCUCACACACACCUUCUUCAACCCUGACAGAGAAGGGUGGCUACUGAAACUCGGUGGACGAGUGAAGACCUGGAAGAGACGCUGGUUUAUUCUCACAGAUAACUGCCUCUACUACUUCGAAUACACCACUGACAAGGAACCCAGAGGAAUUAUUCCACUGGAAAACCUGAGCAUCAGAGAAGUUGAAGACUCCAGGAAACCGAACUGCUUCGAGCUCUUCAUCCCUGACCAAAAAGACCAGGUGAUCAAGGCCUGUAAGACGGAGGCAGACGGCCGCGUCGUCGAGGGAAAUCACACUUUUUACAGAAUCUCCGCCCCGACCACAGAGGAGAAGGACGAAUGGAUCAACAGCAUCAAAGCUGCCAUCAGCAAAGACCCAUUCUACGAGAUGCUGGCUGCUCGGAAAAAGAAAGUCUCGUCUGUGAAGGAGCUGUAGAACUGUGGAAGAUUAAACAUUGAAAGAACAAGCGUGUUUGACCUAUCAGAGCUGUAGACUGGAGGCGGACCUGAUACUCCUGCUGCAACGAGACAGGGACCCAGAGCAGAGGAUUCAAUUUCUACAAAGGCUCUUUCUUGGGAACAUUUUGAACCACUGCAUCUUCUGCACAUGUUUGACUUUCCUAUCUAUAGCUGGAAUGAGACAUGCACAGACGUCAUCUUCAAACAUCUUCCUUGUGCUGUGACCACACUGUCCCCUGUAGUUGUUGAAAUGUGUCACACAGACUGUUUGUACACUGGGCCUCAGCUACUCAAAUAUCUCACUGAGGAGAACAUGAGGAAAAGAUCAGGAAGUGUUUUCAGUCAGAAUUAAAGUGUGAAACACAAAUAAUGGUGGCGAGGAAACAGUGCAAUUGCGUUAAUAUGCUGGAAAAUGACAGGAUUAAAAAUAAUGUGAUUGAGAUACAUUUCUAAAGUUGUUUUUUUUUUAGUUUACAGCCAGUCUCCAUUUUCCAUUCUCCAGUCAAGGUCUGUUUCCAGAGGAGGAUUAAACCUAUAUUGUAACAGUUCCUGUUUAAUGUGUUGCCAUAAACUUUUUCUAUCUUGAAUCCUGUUUUGUUACUGCUGUGUUUUGUCAGAGCACUAUGAAUGGAAAUGAAAGCAAUGCAUAAAUAUCUAAAUAUUUAUUUAUCCAAAUUUCUUGUAAUUUGUUUUCAGUUUUGUCUCAUUAAAACUCUGUAAACCA